AUGCCCGUCCCAGCGCGAGUUCAGCCCGAAAAGAACAUUUGGGUCGCUGCAGGCGAUGGCGAUUUAGUCAGGGUUCGAGUACGUAACCCUCUGAUCCGGUUCCUUCCAGCCACAUCUCCCAAUGCUCCAGAUCUAUUUACAUACACCCCCAUGCACGCUGCGGCUUCAUACGGGCAGCUUGAGACCCUAGCUUACCUGGUCUCUCAAGGAGGAGAUGUCAAUAUCACCGACGAGGACGGAGAUACACCGUUGUAUGCUGUUGAAAAUAUCGAGACCGCACGGUGGUUAUUGGACCACGGAGCCACUUUAGACCGUCAAAAUAAUGAUGCUGUCUCCGUGCGAUAUAAACGUCAGCCUAUUGAACAUCUGCGGGAAGACUUCCCCGAAACUGCUGCAUACCUGCAGUCACGCCUAGAUCCUUCCUCGUGUCUGAUGCCUGAGGCGAUGUCGCCCUCGCAACCUUCGCAACAUCAGCAAAACAUCGCGACAGAGUCCCUCACGUCAUCACUCGUGCAGUCUGUCCAUAAUAUCAUGCAACGCGCUGAAGCAGAUGGCCGGGAUCCGGAUGAAGAGCUGAGGCAAGUUGUUGGCAGGACAGUGUUAGAAGGGGUAAUAACAGGGUAUGAAAUGACAACGGAUAGUGCCGCUGCACAUCAUUCCGAAGCUGGCUCGCCCAAUGGAGUCAAGAGACCUCGAACGGAUGGUAAUAAUUAA